UGGUGUGACGUCACGGCAGCUGUGUGUGUGUGUGUGUUGAGGUGUCUUCCUCCUUGUAGGCAGCUGUCAGCACUGGAACUCAAACAUGGAGGACAAACACCUGUGAUAUCUGGAAGCAGCGGUCAGACGUGAACCAUGAAACUCGCCACUGUGGCCUUCUACGGCGUCGCUCUGGGGCUUCUGGCGGCGGGCCUGCGAGAGCUGCUCACCGGCUUCGAGGAGAACAGAUGCAGCAUGACCUACAUGUUUGAGUACCCCGAGUACCGGCGCGUGGCUCUGCCUCGUCGUGUUGCCAGACUGUACCCAGCGUAUGGCCUUUACCUGUAUGGAGAGGGUAUUUACGCCCAGGAGACCCGAGCGCUCAAGCUCACUGGUGCCCCUGUGCUCUUCCUACCUGGAAAUGCUGGCAGUUAUAAACAAGCUCGCUCCCUGGGCUCUGUGGCCCUGAGGAAGGCUGAAAACAUAGAAGGAAGCGUCCAUUUCAACGUGUUCACAGUGGACUUCAACGAGGAGCUGGUGGCCCUGUACGGUGGCAGUUUGCUGCGACAGACGCACUUCCUGCAUGAGAGCAUAAAAGCCAUCCUGAGAUUGUACAAGCAUCUGAAGUCUCCUCCCCACAGCGUGGUGCUUGUGGGCCACUCCAUGGGAGGAGUGGUGGCUCGGGCGCUGUUCACUCUGCCCCGCUUCAACACCAGUCUUGUCAGCCUCAUCAUUACCCAGGCGUCUCCUCACCUGGCUCCAGUACUGGCCCUGGACCCUUAUCUGCUGGACUUCUACUCUUCUGUGAGACAUAAGUGGGUGAAACAGGCGAACAAACUCCGAAACAUCACAGUCUUGUCUAUUGGUGGUGGUUACCGUGACUACCAGGUCCGGUCUGGAUUGACAUCUCUACCGUGUCCUUCAGCAGACCCCAAUAAGUUGUCACUUGUGGCAACUGCGGUUCCCAGGACAUGGGUGUCCACUGACCACCUCUCCAUCGUUUGGUGCAAAGAGCUUGUUCUUGCGACAGUGAGGGCGUUCUUCGACCUUAUCAACCCUGAAACCAGACAGUUCACAGAUAACCCGGAAAAGAAGAUGGACGUACUAAACCAUCACUUCACCCGACAUCCUGUCAGGAUAGUGGGAGAGACUCAAGACUCUCCCAUCUCCAUCUCAGAUGUUCCUGAAGCGUGGAGUGAAGUGAACACACUGCGUCUGGCUUACAGCACACCAAAGGAAGGACAGGUGAAAUAUUUUAUGUUUGCCCUGUCGAGUCGCAGGAAAGCCUACAGCCAUUUCUACUGCCGGAGCAGCAACAUGGAGAUGACAAGCUGGGUCUACGGCUGCACGCACAACAAUGGUUCGUCGUGUGCGCAUGCUGUGGAUUUGUCUAUGGGAACUGAACUUCUUCCACCAUACAAGGUCCUGAUUCUGAGUCUCAGUGACUUGUCUGCAGUUACCCAUCUAGUUGUUAUGGCCUCCAAUCUGAAUGGAAGACAGUAUACGGUGGAGUGCGAGUGGCAGAGACAAGAAUCGCAGACUCUGUCUGUCCCAGUGCCACAUGUCUUGUCCUUUGGUUUGACAGUCAGUGACGUCACCGUCAACUCCUCUGGACUCCUUCACGCCAUCGAGCUGCAGCACUUUCACCAGGUCUAUCAGGCUUUCAGAAUUACUGUUGCAAGCCAGUGCAAAGUACAUAAAGACAGGUUGCCCAAUGUAUACAGAAUAAUGGUGCCAUGGUUUCGAGAGGACACUUUAACCACAGCCAGUGUGCCAUCAGUGACUGAGAUCUCAGGGAUGCUCCAUACAAGUCGCCCAGACAACACCUCGAGUGUCCUCCUUCAGAUCCACACUGCCCCCAACUGCCAGUAUAAGGUGUCACUGAGGACGUCAUUACCCAGGGUGCUGGGGCAGAUACUGAGGUUCUGUGGUCCCAUGGUGCCAGUGUACACAGCUGUCACACUCCUCUUGGCCUGUGGGGGGCAGCUUUCUUCCAUCCUGAAGUCAAAGAGAGCUGCAGACAUGAGUGGGGUGGUGGGCAAGGGCCUGCAGCUUCAUAAAGUCAACCUGCCUGUUUAUAUUCUGCACAUCUUACUCGGCUGUAGCCACUUUCAAGAAGCCUGGUCCACUCUUUGCCUCCCUCCUGUAGACGUCCUCCCCGCUUCCUUCCCUGAUGUAACGUUCCAUGAGAGCGUGGUGCCACUUGAAGAAUGGCCACAUCUUCUUUCUCCUCUGCUUUACAUAUUGGGGGCAGCUGUGGCAUACUGGGGGAGCUCACUGCUCUGCCUCAUUAUCCGACUGAUCUCAUUAGUAUUAGCUCCGCUGCACAGACCGUGUGUCUCCAGAGACUGUGGCACCCUGAGGCUGCGGACCCAGCUCCUCCUCACUCUGUGUUUGACUGUUAUGGGCGGGACAUGCUGUGGAGCGUUGUCGGUCUUUGCUGCAUUUCUUCUCCACUUUUAUAGGGUGCUAAGGCUACAAAUGACAGCGAGAUCUUUGAGUCACAUGCUUAAUCUGGUUCCUCGGAAACACAAAGAAGCUGAGAACGGCAAGGUGGAUGCCGAGUGUUUGAACAGGUCCAAAGAAUGUAAUGGCGCCCCCCUGCUGUCGGAGUGCGCGGUGCAGGAGGUGAGGGACGACCUGCAGCUCCACCUCUGCCUCUCGGCACUCCUCACACUGCCUGUCAUGCUCAGUGCUCCAUCGCUCCUCCACUGGAUCCGCAACCUGAGAUAUUCCACCCAGCUGGAUCCUGACCCUUACUGGCCACUCAUUGUGCCUCUAGUUACUGCGUACGUGCUGCUUAUUAACUGCAACACGUUGAAACUCAGCAACAGUAAACUCCUGCCUCUGACCUCCUGCCUUCCUCUGCCGCUGGCCAUCACCAUGGUGAUCUUCUCUCCACUCCACCUCUACAGAGUCACCUACUUCCUGUUGCUGACACUGGCCCCGCUGGCGGUGUGUUGUCUGCUCUGACGGUAUCUUCGUCUCUACCAUAACAAGCCUUGCUCUAAGUCACAGCCUGACUCACUGAAGCUGGUGGAGGCUGAUUUUGCUAUGUCCCGCUGCCAUGGAGCAGAGCUAUAGAGAUACAUGGCUUGGGGAACUGCCCUACCCAAUGUUGGCACUGAAAGCUCUGUGGCAUUUACACUAUGCGUUGACAUGAGCGGACGUAAACGCCGUGGAACAUUUGGUGCAAAUAUUAUGGCUCCGCUGGAAUGAACCCGAAACCAAGUUUGCCUUACUCUGUAUAUCUAUAGCUCUGCCUUCAAGGAGCAACCACUCCACAACCAGUGAAGCUACUGAUACUAGAGGCUCUCAACAGGGUGUUACUGUGAACACGUGUCUAGUUAGUGUCUGAAGUGGCUUUGGUCACUGUGCUGUUGAAAAAAAAAAAAAAAAGAAAAAUCUCACACUGCCUCCUGCUUAGCAAUGAAUUACAGUGUAGCCAGUACUAAAGUGUCAUAGCACCACAACAAACAGUGACAGUACCAUACCGUCAUUCCUAAAACCCAAAGUAAUCAUGUUUACAUUUGCCUUAGUGAGAGGGAUUACUUAAAAAAAGAGAAAAAAAAAAGAGUUUAAUUCCCAGGCUGAUGAGACACCUACAGACACAACUGGUGCCUCUAAGAUAGUGACUAAAGAUGAUCUUUGAAAAGCUUUCCCCAUAUUCACACAUACUUUUAUCCUUGCUUUGCUUUGUAGGCAAUCUGUCUCCACUGAGGGGCACGUGUACCUGCAGCUGCGUAUUAAAACAGCCAGUAGGAGUGCUGACUCUCUCUGAGCUGCCCUGUGAUUGGUCAAAGCUGUAAACGGAACCUAGAGGAGCUGCAGCAGAGGUCCCAUAAUGCUUAAAAUUAUGUUAAUAUGGAAUAAAUCAGAUUAGGGAAUUUAGAGAGUAUGUUGAGGAAACCAGUUAAUUGUGGUAUUAAUAAAUCAGUUCCCAACAUAUUUUAGGUGUAAUCAGUUAAAGAUGAUAAAAGAUGUAUAGUAAAUAUAUGUCUGUAGCCUGAUGAUAUGAAGCCUCGGGGGAGGGGAUUAACAUAAUCUGAUUAUGUGAUGAGAUUGAUUGACAGCAUUAGGCCACAGUCAUACUAUGUUUGAAUUUGAAAUCAGAAUAAAUCAGUCCAGAUGAGCGUUUUAGCUCCAUUUGGCAGUCAUCUGCGUCUACACCUAAAUCAUAAUUGCACGUUACCUGAAUAUUAGGGUGCCCUGCCAUGUGCCUGCCUGUGUCAACAGGAAGUUGUGUCCCCUCCUCUUUUUCAUAGGUUAUUACUAAUGAGAUUCACAGCUGAUAGUCGAGUCAUGACUGACAAGAACCAGUCUGAAAGUGAAUGUGGGUCACUUGUGUCAUCGUUUCCAAAGGUCCACGUUUGUUGCUCGUCCAGACUAAAUCACAGCCCCCGUUUUCAAACAAAAACAAAUGGGCAGCAUUUUUAGAAUUCAGGAUUUAUGUAGGAUUAGUGGACACGACGCCUCCGUUGCAGCAGGUUUACAGAAGAAGAGUGUGACGUGUUUAAUGUUGUUUGAAUUACAGGGAUCCGGAGUGGGUCUUUAAUUUUUAAAGGUCUUUUAUAGGCUGAAAACCUCUGUACAGUGUCAGACUCGGGAUGUGCUUAGUGAUCCCAGCUGCAGGUAUACAAGUGAUAGUUUAUGACCAAGGAGGCAAAAAUCAAUGUAAUUAAUCACAAAACUACUUCUCUGUGUGACCUUUUUGCAAAUCUAUCAGUCACACAUUGAGCAGUACAUGGAGUUGUUCUAUGUUUUUAGCCUUUUAUCAUUGAGGCUCUCAGUUGUUUUUUUUCAUAGUUUUUGGGACAACAGUGGAGCUGUAUGUGAGUUUUAAGCGACUGAAUAUCAUGGAAUGGAAACACAAAUCAAUUCACUGUUUUUGUCUUUGGUGGCGUUCGUAUUAUUCCAGAAAAGGUUGAAUAUACAUCGACUUUCCCUUUAACGCAUCAUGUCAUAGGAAGAGGAGCUGAUAUUUGAUACAGCCGACCUUUCUGGAGUUACACGGGACGAAAAAGACAUAGAAUCCUGUCGUCGCAGUCGUUUCAAACCAUCAUGCUGAUUGUUUCUUGUGUAGUAGAGUGUUUGGUGUGAACGGCAGCCGGGUGUAAUAGUUCUUUUGCUCUUUAUAUUAAAUCUGUUAACAGUGAGCUAUAUGGUUAUGAUCUCUAAACAUUUUCUGUUUAAAAGUGGUUCUAUUUGUAUCUAUUUACAAACUAUUAGCUGUCAGUGCUGUGUGUGACAGGGCACUGUAUUUGGAAAGAAAGACAACUGUACCUUUAUAGCAGGAGAGAGACAGAGACACGUUCUCUAUGAUAUACUAAAAAUCUGUUUUCUGCUGCUUUAUUUUUUAUGACUGGAAACUGAAGAUUAUGCCUUUGCACCAAAGUCCAUACAGAAAAUCAGCAAUUUUAGCUCACAGGACACAGGAGUAGCUGAUCGACUGCUGCCUCAUUUAUCACGUCUGAGUUACACGGACAAACCCAAAUGAAGGAUUUCAAUCCCAAAAAUCACACAGUAACACAUUUUUAAACUUACUGAUGGAGGCACCGGUGGAUCAAUAACUCCCGUUUGCUGUGAUGUAAGAUCGCUGAUUUUCUCCAUGGACUUUGGUGUGCGGAGAGUGAUUAGUACGGAUUACUACGACAUGGCAUAAAAGAGGUUAUUUAUGAGUUGAACCUUGUUUUUUCCGGGUGUGCCCUGCGUGCAGCCAUGUUCCCACUGAGCACACUUGUGCCGGUGCUCGUGUGCAGCACAGUCAGCUGUAUAGAAGGUGCUGACUACAUGUCAGUAACUCAUCCAAGCACACUUGCAAAAACCUGGAACAUUAUCCUUUUUCAACCUGCUGUUUGCAUCUGUUUCAUCCCUGCCCUGUCAGUUUAAAAACUGUCCACUAUAAUACUGAAUAUAAAUGCCUGUCACUG